UGAGUUGGGGCCAGGAUGGCUGGGAUUUGGGCUCUCUGGACUUCCCGUCCGCAGGUCGCCAAAGGCCGGGCUCGAUAUUUCAGCUCUCAGACCCAACUCAGGCCGACGCGGAGCCAAAAAGCCUCACGGGAGAAGGUUGGAACGAGCGCCGGAAGAGAAAGACGCGACCGAAGUCGCAGGCUCUACGUCGGCGCGACUUCAGAGAAAGACGUCAGUCAGAACGAAGGCUCCAGGGAAAUUCACUUCCACCAAUCCGCUCUUUCCUAUCGCCUCUCUUUCCCAGGAAGUCCCGCCUAUGAACGACUACGUCUUCCUGCAAAAUCUCGCGGGAUCUGCGAGAGCCUAUGUGACCCGGAGGGAGCGGAAGUCGAGUCUCUUUCCCGUGGCAGGUCUGAAGCGGGCGGCUGUGUAGAGAUGAAGCUCAACAUCUCUUUCCCAGCCACUGGCUGUCAGAAACUCAUCGAAGUUGAUGAUGAGAGAAAGCUACGGACCUUUUAUGAGAAACGGAUGGCCACUGAAGUUUCUGCUGAUGCUCUGGGUGAAGAAUGGAAGGGUUAUGUGGUCCGUAUCAGUGGUGGGAAUGACAAACAAGGCUUCCCCAUGAAGCAGGGUGUUUUGGCUCACGGACGUGUCCGCCUGCUGCUCAGUAAGGGCCAUUCUUGCUAUCGCCCUAGAAGAACUGGAGAAAGAAAACGUAAAUCUGUUAGGGGCUGCAUUGUGGAUGCCAACCUGAGUGUCCUCAACUUGGUUAUUGUGAAGAAAGGUGAGAAGGACAUACCAGGACUGACAGAUACAACUGUGCCUCGUCGCCUGGGGCCCAAAAGAGCUAGCAGAAUCCGAAAACUUUUCAACUUGUCCAAAGAAGAUGAUGUCCGGCAAUAUGUUGUGAGAAAGCCCCUCAACAAGGAAGGUAAGAAACCCAGGACCAAGGCUCCUAAAAUUCAGCGUCUGGUGACUCCUCGAGUUCUGCAGCACAAACGUAGACGAAUUGCUUUGAAGAAGCAACGCACCCAGAAGAACAAGGAAGAAGCAGCAGAAUAUGCUAAGCUUUUGGCCAAGAGAAUGAAGGAAGCUAAAGAAAAACGACAGGAACAGAUUGCUAAGAGACGUCGACUAUCUUCCUUGAGAGCCUCCACCUCGAAGUCUGAGUCCAGUCAAAAAUAAAAUUUCUAAAAAUGUGUUAGAAAUAAAUAACUUUUGUCAAGUAGA